AUGUUAAUUGUAUUCUCUACCGGUAUUAUCGGAAAGCUAUAUAGCGAUGUCACCCUGCUACACGACGAAUUUUUAUUGGACGUCAAUGAGUUUAGGGCAACCGCCGAUCAUGCAUGGGUUACCAUAAUGGAGUCAAUGCAAGCUAGAAAAUUUCACGACUUAGAGCGAGAUAGAAGAGAGAUCAGCACAGUCUCAUGCAAGUGUGCUCAACAGCCAAACACAUGCCCGCCAGGUCCUGCAGGUCCGCCAGGAAUCCCAGGAUUGAAAGGUGAAGAUGGUGAGUCGGGUUUUGCUGGAACGCCCGGAGUUGAUGGCGCUUCAACAUAUCCGCAGCAAAAAAGCGGCGAUCUACUCUGUUACGUAUGCCCUGCGGGACCACGUGGUGUACAAGGCCCUGAUGGUCCUCCAGGAUUUCCUGGAGCAAACGGAGUCCAAGGUCUUACCGGCAUGCCAGGACGAGAUGGGGGACAAGGUUUCUACGGACCACCCGGUGAUGCCGGUCUCGCGGGAGAUCCUGGAGUUGAUGGAGUACCAGGUACACAAGGUAGAAACGCAUCCAGAAGUAACGGAGGUUUGCGUGGACCAUCAGGUCCACCAGGGCCUGAGGGCGCACCUGGUAAACAAGGUCCUGAGGGAGCGCCUGGAAAACCCGGGCUACCUGGUGUGCCAGGACCUCAAGGAAGAACCGGAUUGCCAGGGCUAAACGGCGAAGACGGAGAACAGGGCGAAAGGGGUGUGAAUGGUAUUGACGCUGGAUAUUGCCGAUGUCCUCCUCGAUCAUAUGUAGAAGUAGUUCCAAGUUCAGUCUUAGAAGAACGAAACUCGAAACGAAUAGUUGUGUGA